UAUUGAUGCAGUUAAGACGACCAUCGCCACCUCCUAUGAUAAGGAAUAUUAUGUGGCACAAAAGUUGGGGAUUGAGUGCUCAGAUUAUGAAGAGAAGAUUGUCAUGUUACAGCAAAAAAUUGGGAAACAAGCAGGAGAGUUAGAUACAUAUAUUAACAAAUUCCGAGACUUAAAUCGACUUAUAAAGGAGUUGGAAGAAUCAAUUACAUCAACUCGAGAACGAACUACCAGGGACAUGCAGGAGACAAUCGAGUUGACCUCCAACACAACCGCCAGACUUAUCGAAAAAAUGGAAAUGAUAAAAAAUAGGAUUCGCGAUAAAGGCAAUAUACUCAAACUACAUCAACAACUGGUUGUUGACGACAUUGCAGAGACGAAUGGAAAUGGAAAAACGAUCAGCGAAAUUAUUGGUUAA